AUGUCAGCCACCAAAGUCUCUCCGGCGCAUCCUGUAGACACCCCCGGUGGUCUCGCAGAGUGCGGACUCCCGAGUCACGACGAGCCGCGGUAUCCCUCUAUCUUGACUGCAUCCAUCGCGGCAUUCAGCGAGACAAAACAAAACACCGACAGCAUCGUCACGGACGCCGGGUUUGCUGGCUAUUACGACAACGUCCAUUCGCGGCAAAAGACGCUCAUCGUGCAACUCAUCGUCAAGGCCUUCCAAAAGCUGCGAUGCGACGUCUGCCGGACGAAACCGGGCCAGAAGCUCCGGCCCAUCAAAUGCGUCCCAAACGUGCAGAAGCAACUCGACUUCUGCUAUGAGAUGCUCGUGGAAGCGGGCCUCGUCCGCCAGGAGAACGAGCACUACGUCCGAACGGAGACGCCGCUCCGUGCCGUCGACCCGAAAGAGACGCUGGCGCAGGUCCUGAACGACUAUCCGACAUACACCGCCCUCAACAAGCUGGUCGCCCACGCCGGUAAUAACCUCGCGGAGAUCUACGCCGGCCGCACCGACGGCGUCAGAUCCAUCUUCGGGUCGCCCGAGGGCCGCGAGUAUCUCGAAGAGAUCUACGGAGCGGCGCAUCCCAGCAAAGCAUUCCACAAGCUCAUGGAAGACUUCAUGGGCCGCUUCCUCGAGGCCGUCGCCGUCCCGCCACACGGCUCCAAGCUCAACCUACUGGAGCUCGGCGCCGGAACCGGAGGCACGACGAAGUGGCUGGCACCGCUGCUGGCUCGAUCGGGCGUCGCCGUGGAGUACACCUUCACCGAUCUAGCCCACGGGUUCAUCUCCCAAGCGGCGCGCAAGUUCCAGGAGUAUCCGUUCAUGACAUACCGCACGCAGGACAUCGAGAAGCCGCCGCCGGCCGACCUCGCCGGAACGCAGGACGUUGUGAUCGCCGUCAACGCGGUCCACGCGACUCCCGACAUGGUCAAGUCGCUCCGCAACGUGCGACAGUUCCUCCGCCCCGGCGGCUUCGCUCUCGUGAUGGAGGUGCAGGAACGGCUGUGCUGGGCCGAUUUCGUCUUUGGACUGUUUGAGGGAUGGUGGGUUUUCGGCGACGGGCGGACGCACGCGACGGCGGAUGCGAGCGUGUGGAAAGAUGCGUUCGAGGCGGCUGGGUUUAGUCACAUCGACUGGACUGGUGGGCAGUUGAGGGACUCCGGGUUACAGAGAGUUUUCCUGGCCACAGUCUAG